AUGACAGUUACUGUGUUUCCCCAAGCCGCCGUUCGACCUGCCGUGUCAGCAGAAGACGAGAUUCCCGUGGGUGUGUAUGUAGGACUCAACAACAUCAUAGAGGUGGACUCCAAGAAACAGUCGCUGGUUACCGUGGGGUUCAUCGUCCUCAGCUGGUACGACCCUAGACUAGUGUACAACAUGACUGAGCCCAGACCUGAGUUCCUCGUCGUGCCGGUCGAGAGUCUGUGGACUCGAACCUUCACCAUCUUGAACUCCAUGGACAGGCAAAACUACAACCCUACCUCCUCCGACCUGGCAGUCAUCCGAAGUGACGGCGCGGUUCUCCUGUUUAUGUGCCCCGUAGACAUUCGGAAGUUUCCAUUUGAUGUCCAGUCCUGCAAACUCAUGAUCGCCGUGCUUGGCUCCACGUACGACAAGAUCAACAUUGAAGAUUCGCAGCUGCUGACGGAGAUCUAUCUAGUGAGCAUUGAUUGGGUGCUCAAGAAUGCGAGUGUUAGCGUGGUCGAGGUAAAGGCACAGGAAAUCGGGCGUCAGGUCGUAGAGGUGACCCUUGUGUUGGCCAGAACCCCAAACUUUUACUUCAUGAGUGCCGUGGUGCCCGUCUUAGCCCUGUCCCUUCUGAACCCCUUCGUGUUUGCCCUGCCUGUGGAUCACGGCGAGCGAGUCUCAUUCUCUGUGGCUCUGCUGUUGUCCUACACCGUGAUGCUGUCCAGUCUGAGUGACGUCCUGCCCGGCUCCACGGAAUACGUCUGCUAUAUCGGCAUGCUGGCGUCUUCUUGCAUAUUCAUCAGCGGCUCGAUCGCCUGUCUGGUUCUUCUCAUCGCGAGGAUUGCUCUACCCUUUGAUCUGGACGACGGCCACAAGAAGCUUUCGAAUGUGACCACCAGAGCAUUCCUCUCAAAACCUCCGCCGGCAGUCCAAGAGAUGGGAAGUUCUAGGAGGAAUACUAAUAAUACAGAAACAAACAUGGAGAAUAUUUACAGACGGACCGACUCUCAGGCAGACAUAUUCCUGAUUUGCCUACCACACCAUACGACAACUGGACGUGUUGAUCAGGGUUUUGCUGACACACAGAGGACUGCACGCGCUAACCAGCCCACCGACCGUAGACGCUUAGCGCACAGGAUCAACAAAUACGCCUUCGUCGCUUCUGCCUUGGUCACCAUUCUGCUGAACACCUUUACCUUUGCCAUGAUUUUGGCGUGA